AUACCGGUGCCUGCCGAUAUAUGGUAUGCCACCCAUGGUCUAUGCUCUCGGGAAACAAUAGAGUUUUGCCACGCGAAUUCAGAGUGGGGCAGUAUAAAACACCUUUCUGUAUCCGUAACUAACUAUAAUCCCUUGCCUGUGCUCAAUCGUCUCCCCUCGAUCCACUUCUUUCAGCAUGUCUCUCUGCCCCGGUCUCGAUACUCUUCUGAUGGCUGCUCGAUAUCUCGGGCAGCUCAACGACUCUCCCACAAGCGCACCGGCGUAUGAUCGUUCCGGAGAUUUCACAUCAUAUGCAAAAAAUUCUGGGAACGUGCUCCAGGUAGUUAGGCCAUACGACGGUUCACCUGAAUAUACCUCCAUCCCAGUCUCUGAGGCACCUUCUCAGCUCACAGGAGGUUUCAGGAACAGACGCCACCCUUCAGAGACUCCUCCUUCUACUUUGUCGCCUCCAUCUUCGCCAUGCCUUUCCUCGAUCGACUCUGACUACACGAUGAGCUUCCAAAGUACAUCAUCCAGAGAGUGUAGUCCAGCGAUUUAUCGUAAUACAAUCAAGUUUCCCAAGAAGGCUGCACAUAAAUCUCCCAAAGUCGCGAUAGUGGGUGGGAAGACCUUCAAAAUACCGAUCACGAAGAAGGAUACAGCGGAGUGGAGGACCAGCGUCUGCCUCAUUGCAAACAAUAUAAAAACUGUCCCCAAUUCGCCGGUCUCAGAAAGGGCCCGAAAGCUAUUAGAGAAGGUGUAUGACGAUAUUACUACUCAUCCUCCAGAUUUCUGGACGAGGAUCAUUGCCGCUCGUCUUGGGGACCGCACUCCUUCUCAAGUCAACAUAUGGUUUUCAAAUCGCCGACAAUGGUACAAACAGGGUACGACGAUUCAAUGUCCCCUUCUAGACGGGGACUGGACUACCUCUCGCAGGAGAACUGUCAGAUUGAGACCAGCGGCGCUAAAGAUGUCCCAGAAAUGGUCCGACUCGUUUUUUGAUGACGUUCUGGCUCUCUAUUUGGAUGAGAAAUUGCAUGAUUCUCUGCAAGCAGAAUGCGAGGAGAAGAGGGAAACGAUUCCUCGGUACAUAGGCAAAUCGAAGAAACGCCAAAUCAAAUGAAAUCGUUAUUUUCUUUCCUUUCCUCAGCUCGGAAAAUUCAUGCUGUAGCAUACACGUUAUAUCAUUAUAUACAACUC